AUCAGUGAGGGGGAGAAUAAAGAGAGAGGGAGAUAAAGGGCAGAGGCAGGGGGACAGAGGGAGAGGAGAAUUAGGUGAGAGGGAUAGAGUCACGGAAAGAGAUAUGGGAGGAUAGAGGGAGGGAGAAAGAGUGAUAGGAGGUGGGCAGAGGGGAAAGCGGGAUAGAGAUAGAUGGAAACAGAGGCAGCAAGUGGUAGGGGUGAAUAGAGCAUGAGGAUGAGAACGAUUGAGAUAGCGACAGAGUUAGAGGGGUGAAAAAAAUGUAAGAGAUAGAGACAAAGACGUAGAGAGUGCCAGUGAAACCGAUAGAAAUAUAGGGUUAGUGUGACUGCUGUAUAGAUAUAAAUAUAGAGAGAGAGGGAGGGAUAGAGAGAGGGAAAUGGGAGGUGGCCUGAGAGAGAGAGAGAGAGACCAAUAGCAGGAAAAGGGGCAAUUGAGAGUGGGGGGAGGGAAUGACAGAGAGAAAGGGAGGCAGGGAUCAAGAGAGGGGAAAAUAGCACUAAAGGAUGGGAGUGAGUGAUUGAGGAAUAGGGCAGCUUAAAGAGAGAGGUUCUUUCAGGUUUGGGGAAUGGGGGCUUUGCUCAGUCUUCCCCUGGGCCUGGAGGAUGAGGAGGAACAGAAAGAUCUAAAGCUGAAUCAUGGAACUGGAAUUAAGAUGGGAACCGCAGUCAGACCUGAAGCAAAAGCUAGAGCAGACCUCAAGCUUGGAGGCAGAGCUAGACAGGUACAUGGGAUUGUGGCUAGACCUGGGCCGAGACUCAUAGCUGGACCUGGAGUAAGAGCCAGAUCAAGAUUUGAACCUGCAACAGUAUUCAGACCUGGACUGGAACCACGUGCAGGAUUCAGAGUGGGGGCAGCACUAGGAGCAGGACCUGAAACUGGAUUGGGAGCUGGAUCCAGUGCUGGGAUCGGACUCAGUGCCAGAGCAAGUAGUGGACUUAUAGCAGGACAGGAAGCUGCCUUCAAAUGUGGACUCCAAGCAGGAGGGGAACUUGGAACAGGAGUUAGAGGAGAAUCUGUGGUGUGUGCUGGUGCUGGACUCCAGGCAGGAGCUGGGCUCCAACUUACAACAGGAGGGGAACUUGGAGCCGGAUCUGGACUUGGAGUGGGACCAACAAUUAGAGCAAGAGCAGGCCGGAGACAAGCCAGAGACCAGGAACGCAGACCGUACAGCAGGCGGGUGUUCAGGAAUCGUACAUCAUACCUGAACCUGAGUGAAGAGCAGUGUGUACAGAGACUGGGUUUCAGCAGGAACGCUGUGACUGAACUCUGUCAGUUAGUCCAAGAACAACUCCAACCUCGUACCAGAGCCUGGACUGCACUGCCUGUGGCUGUCAAGGUGACUGUGGCUCUGAAUUUCUAUACCACCGGCUCAUUUCAGGCAGCUAGUGGCCUCAUCAAUGACAUCACACAGUACGCCAUCCACUGCUGCAUCAGGGAUGUAACUGAAGUGUUGUACUCAAAGAGGAACCAAUUCAUCAGCUUCCCCAUGGAGACAGAGAGCCAGGAAGAACGGGCCCGAGGGUUCUGUCAGAUAGCAGGCUUCCCUCGGGUACAGGGUGUACUGGACUGUGCACACGUGGCUCUGCGUGCUCCCUAUGAUGACCCAGGUGUCUAUGUUAACAGGAAAGGCUUCCAUUCUGUCAAGGUGCAGCUGGUGUGUGACCACCAGCAGCAUGUGAUGCAGGUCUGUUCCAGAUUCCCUGGUAGCGCUCGCCACUCCUUCAUCCUGGAACAUUCCUCGGUGCCACCUCUCUUCCGGCCUGAGCAGCAGGUAUUGGGCUGGCUGCUGGGCAGCUCUAGUUACCCUCUGACCAGCUGGAUAAUGACCCCCAUCAGGAAGCCUCAAACCCCAUGUGAACAGCGAUACAAUCAGAGCCAUGCUUCCACCCUGGCUACAGUGAGACAGACCAUCGCACUCCUAAAGCACAGAUUUCGCUGUCUGUCCAAAUCAGGAGGCUCCCUGCAGUACAGUCCUGAGAGAGUCUCCAAGUUCAUCGUGGUCUGCUGUAUGCUCCAUAACUUUGCCUUACUAAGGGGACAGGUGUUGGCACCAUCAGGGGAGGUGGAUAUGUGGGAGGAGGAGCCGGAAGAUGAAGACUCAUCAGAUUUCGCUGCUGCCAUUGCCCUUCGUCAGAAAGUCAUGGAGGAGGCCUUCAGCUGAAUACUGUCUUCCAUUCGGAGUGAACAUCUGAUGAGGACAUCGUUUGUUAAAUGGCCGCUUUGUACUGGGGUCUCAGGGCAACAAGCCUCAACCCCUCCUCAUACCUGAUUGCCUCGGGACAGCUGGGCCAUCAGACUUUGGACUUCCAGUGUCAUCUGUCCAACACUCAGGAGCAGUUCCAGCAAUUCCUGCCAUUCGAAGGAGGUUGCAGUAGUUUGGCUGCAAGUUGUCUAAUGAUUUUGGAAUUAACAUCUGCUUAUGUAAGCUGACGAUGGUGGGCUCAAUAACUUCCUCAGGUUCUCGAUGUGGGAGGAAUAUCUGGAGCAGGGAAAUGUCUCCUUUAUAUCGCAAACACUCUGGACCUUUUCAUAGAAGAAUGGUUUUAUAACUAAGCAAAAACAAACUUUCCUAAUUUGAAAUAAAAAAGUGCCCUGUAAUUGUU